AUGACUUCGCGUCGAGUUUCACACACAGUCUCACCUGUUAAUAAAGAUCUUGAAAGAGAUAGGCCAAAGAAAAAAUCAAAACGCCGUCUUAGGGAUUCAGAAUACUCUGAAAGCGAGGAAGAGCAUGAGCGUGCACAUAAAAAGAGGGAGUCUUCAAAUCCACAAAUAUCCGAAGAUGACUAUUACUCAAAAUCAACAGAAUUUCGUACAUGGCUACGCGAAGAAAAACAAAAAUACUUCGAUGAAAUGUCGUCGCAUCAAACACGAAAAUAUUUUCGAAAAUUUGUUCGUGCAUGGAAUAAAGAUAAACUUGAUAAGAAAUAUUAUGAUGGAAUCAGGUCUUCGCAAGUCAAUAGUGCGGAAUCUACUCGUUAUAAAUGGAAGAUUAAUGUUAGUCAGGAUGAAUUGGAACAAGUUAAGAGCUCUGUUGAUCGCCAGACAAACGUGAAGUUUGAUGCAAAAUUUAGAGCCCAUGUUGGUAUAAGUGGUGGUGAUGGUGGUUAUACUGCUAGUUCUGCUUCCACGACGACGACAACAGAGCAAUCAAAGGACGUUAAAAAACGACCGAUUAUCGGGCCUACAAUGCCGCCUCCAUCGUCUUCAAGAUAUGAUGAAGAUAUGGACGAAGAAGACCGACAACGAUACGAGCACUCCUUCAGAAAAAAGGAACGAAAGGAGUUCCAGAAAACACACGAAACAGUUCUCGAAGAACUAGUUCCAAAGGCGACUGGUCGUGAGGCAAUGAUUGAAAAGAAAAAAGCACAGAAUGCAAAGUUUCGACGAGAAACGAGUCCGGAUGUCGAGUUGAAUGAUCAGGAUUUGAUGGGUGGUGAUGAUUUUCAGACAAGACUUGCUGCGCGUGAUCGCAGUCGAGAAAUGCGUAAUAAAAAGAGAGACGAAUAUCGAGCUGAGAAAGUAGCAAAUUUACAAGAGAAAGCGACUGCUUAUCAAAACAAAGAACAACAAACGUUGGAAAUGUUUAAACAGAUGGCCGAACUACAACGUAAAGCUGGUGGUGGGUUAUGGGGAAGCAAAAAUUGA